AUGCGGGUCGGCAGCACGAACGGCUGCAGCACUACGCGGUCCUUCCGCUGGGAGGACAUCGAGGAGGUUCGCCGCGUGACGGAGCGCAACUUCGAGAGCGGCUUCUUCCUGUGCGGCUGCUGCAAGACCACGAUCAACGAGGGGAAGUGCUACAUCGAGAUGCAAACCAAGCACACCAUCGCCGACCCGCACGAGAGCGCGUCUUUCCUCAACGCGGUCCUGGACUGGGCCAGGCUCAAGAACGGGCUUUUCAGCCUGCUGGCCGGGUUUCCGACCUCGGGCGGCAAGGGCAACGUCUUCCGCGUCCGCGUGCACCCGCAGGACGCCCCCCGCAUCCUGACGGCGAUCUUCGGCGGCCUGACUGACUACGUCGCCAAAUGA